GCGUGGCAUAAGUUCAAAGUUUAAAAACAGGCUACAAGAUUCUGUUUAAACAGAACCGCAUCUUCAAACUAGAGGAUCACCGAAACCAUGUCUGAGCGUAGCGGUAAGGUGCAGACUGUGCUUGGUCUGAUCGAGCCUGAUCAGCUGGGCCGUACCAUGACACACGAACACCUCACAAUGACGUUUGAGUGCAGCCACGUUCCCCCAGCACCUGGAGAUGAGGGUCUCGCCAUAGCUCCCAUUGAGAUGAAGCAUCUCCACUGGUUGCAGCAGAAUCCAUACAGCCACCAAGAGAACCUGCUGUUGAAUCAGGAGAUCGAGGCGGUGAAGGAAGAGUUGCUGUGUUACCGUAAAGCAGGAGGAGGAUCCAUAGUGGAGAACACCACCACUGGCAUCAACCGAAAUCUGCCCGUUCUGCGCCAGCUGGCGAAGGACACGGGUGUGCAUGUCAUAGCUGGAGCGGGGUACUACGUGGACGUGACCCACUCUGAUGAGAUGCGAAAGAUGACCGUUGAGAAGCUUACUGACAUCAUUGUCAGCGAGGUGCUCCAUGGAGCAGACGGCACAGAUAUUCGCUGUGGCGUGAUUGGAGAGAUCGGUACCAGCUGGCCAAUCACAGAGAGUGAGAAAAAGGUCCUGCGAGCCACUGCUCACGCUCAGACUCAGCUCGGCUGCCCCGUCAUCAUCCACCCUGGACGGGACACAGCCGCUCCUGGAGAGGUCAUCCGCAUUCUGCAAGAAGCUGGUGGAGAUAUCUCCAAAACGGUCAUGUCUCAUCUUGACAGAACCAUAUAUGAUCGUCAAGAGCUUCUGGAGUUUGCAAAGAUGGGAAGCUACCUUGAAUAUGACCUCUUUGGCACAGAGAUGCUGAAUUACCCGUUCAACCUUCGUGUUGACAUGCCCGGCGACAGCCAGAGAGUUCAGAACUUAGCCUUUCUGAUCAGGGAAGGUUAUGAAGACCGAAUCCUCAUCGCCCAUGAUAUCCACACCAAGCACCGACUGACCAAGUAUGGCGGUCAUGGCUUCUCCCACAUCCUGAAGAAUAUUGUUCCCAAAAUGUUGUCUCGAGGAAUCACUCAGAACCAGGUGGACAAAAUACUGAUUGAGAAUCCUAAACACUGGCUGACCUUUAAAUAAAUCAACUGCCUUAAAGGAA